AUGGGCAUUGGCGGACUACUGCCGCUACUGAAGUCGAUACAAGUCCAACAACAUCUGUCAGACUUCGGUGGCAAGACCAUCGCAGUCGACGCUUAUGUCUGGCUUCACCGCGGAGUCUUCACAUGCGCCACCGAACUUGCGACCGGCAAGCCGACCAGCAAAUACGUGGAGAACUUCAUGCAGAGGGUCCGGCUCCUCCGUCACCACGGGAUCUCACCCUACAUCGUCUUUGAUGGAGGACCAUUACCUGCCAAGCGUGGCACUGAAGUAGAACGUCGAGCGCGUCGAACAGACCACAAGGCCAAGGGCGACGCCCUUGCACGUCAGGGCCGGCAGAAGGAGGCACGAGAGUAUUAUUGCAAGAGCGUAGACGUGACACCACAAAUGGCGUAUCAGGUCAUCAAGGCAUUGCGUGCGGAGAAUGUCGACUAUGUGGUUGCUCCCUACGAGGCCGACGCGCAAAUGGCGUUCCUCGAACGCGAGGGCAUCGUACAAGGCAUCAUAUCCGAAGACAGCGACUUGCUCGUCUUCGGUUGCCAGCGAGUACUCUACAAGCUCGACUCUACUUCGGCCACCUUCACAUCCAUAUCGGCCUCUGACUUUGGCGCCGUUUCUGCUAUACGCGGCUGGACCGCCGCGCAAUUCCGCGCAAUGGCUGUGCUCGCCGGUGGAGACUACCUCCCUAGCGUGCAGGGUGUCGGUAUCAAGACUGCCAACACACUCGUGCGAAAGCACAGAGGGCUCGACGGAGCCGUGCGGGCUUUGAAGAUGGACGCGAAGUACAAUGUUCCGCGAGGCUACCUCGAGCAGGCUCGACGUGCAGAGCGUGUAUACGUCCACCAACGCGUCUUUGACCCAGCGCAGGGUCGCGUCGUACAUCUAUCACCUAUACCGGAGGGCAUCGAAUGGACGGACGCCGACGAGGCGCUUGUUGGCGAGGAUAUUGAUCCGGAGCUUGCUUGUGCCAUCGCUCGUGGUGAUGCCUGUCCGGUGUCAAGAGAGCCGAUGGUCGAUAUCAAUCCGACCUAUACGCCACGGCGUGUUCGUCCCUUGCCUCUCGAAGUUCACAAUGCGGACACCGCUCGUGCUGACAAGGGCAAAGGCAAGGCAACCAUGCUUGACUUUCUGGUCGCCGCAGCACCGAAGACUAGAACGCCUCUCUCGCCGCGUAAACCCAGAGCUUCGGUGCCUGAGAUAGCUCAUGUCAAUCGCAAGGUUGUCGCCGGACGUGCGAGCGGCAAGCGUACACUUGCGGAAGCACACGAACUCGAUGCGGCAGCAAAGCGCGCGAAACACCAUCAUGGGCAUGGGCAACCUUCAAGUGCACCGUCCUCACCUUCGCGCAGUGAGCGCAAUCAGAACAUACCACCGCCAAAGCCCGCCCCGGUCUUACGCGAAAGCCGAUUCUUCAGCGGGGGAGCUGCAGGUGUGGGACCGUCACGUAGGCACUCCGCGCCAAUACCACAACCCCUGGAACCCGAGCCAGAAGAGGUCGAUGAGCAGUCGGAGGAAGAAGUCAUGGAUAGCGAUCAUGCUGCUGUGGAUGCAGAUGAUGUGGCUGAUGACAUGUUGGAAGACGAGGAGGAGCCGGUUACACAGGAGGAUGGAUAUCUUUCACCUGGGCCAUCCAUCGCACGCUGCGCUACGCCGGAGCUGUCAUCACCUGUGCGACCGGGUUCAUCACGCCGACGACGCGAGAGCGAUGCAGACGAGGACAUUCUUUCCAGCCCUGAACGACCUGUGCCGUCCCAGUCCCAGAAGCGUUUGAGGAGUGUGUCCCCGCUUGCGGGUCGUGGUAGUGCAGCACCGCUCGUGCUCGCUCCCGAUACUCCCACACGCAGGCAGGCAAUGGAUGACGUUGAUGACGAGGACGACAACGACACAUUCGAGGAAGAGGAAGAGGAGAGGUUUCGCGGACCUGUACUGUUUGGCGACAGUGAUGCGGAAGAGAUUGAAACUCAGCGACCAGAGCUACAGCUUUCCUUCGGAAGUGCUGGCUCCUUCACUCCCUCGCCUCCCGUUCGAGGUGUCAGGCAGGAGGCCAGCCGAGAGGUCAUCGACGUGGACUUGCUUGACUUGGAAGAAUUGGACGACGUCGACGAUGAAGAGAAUGCGAAGGCACGGCAUCUGGCUGUCGCGACUGGGUGGUGGGCGAAGUUCUCUGCCGCGGGGCCUGUUGAGCGCGGGGAAGGUAUCAAGGUUGGGAAACCGACGCCACACCGACUUCGGCGCAACGAGACUACCGUAACCCCUACUGCGCUGCGAUCCGCCAACCUUCGGCCACAGAGUGCGCCAAGUAAAGCCCGCGCUCGGACACGUACACCCGCUACCACGCGUACAAGUCUAGUUCUGUCAGAGACUCGCGUACGCCCGGAGGCUGCACCGCGGCUACCCGCUGCGUUCAGCAAACUCCGCUACGAUGGUACAUGA